UGUGCAAUAUGCAAUGUGUCACUUGGAAGUUGGAUCGAGGCAGCAUGGCGUGCAGUGCGAUUUUGACGUCGGCAUUUCCGUCAAUUGAUGGCGAAUUAUUGACUUAUGUGACGGGUGUGUUGGAAGAUCCAGAUGACUUUAACAAUGCCAGUGAUGUGUACGAGGCUGUGGGCGGAGUCUUACAUGAGGUGGCACGGGACAAGGAGGAGGAGGAGAUACUGUCGUUGUGCGGGAAGCUACUGAAGGCUGUUAAAGUGAAUGACCAAGGAUCCAAUUCAUCCAGUACAUACAGCACAUCCAACAUGGUCCUUCUGGACGCACCUGUCCACAUUGGCGCCAAAGUUGAAGAAGAGGCCAAGAACGGGAAAGAUGAUUCAUCAAUUUGGAUGAUGAAGAAAGCUAAUUCCAUGCUUGUUGAUAAGAAGAAGUUAGAGAAGGCAGAUGCCAAGAUAAAAGCUAAACAGGAGCAGAGAGCCCAGAAAGACAAAAAUGCCGUCAAGCCAGCUGGGUCCACCAUUACAGCCACGGCCAGCCAAGCAAUCAACAGGAAGGACCAGAAGAUGGAUGAUUCAGGAAACAGUCGGGCCAAGGAUGUCAGGAUCGAGAACUUUGAUCUGGCAUUUGGGGACAAGGUCCUUUUGAAGGAAGCCGACCUGACACUAAGCUUUGGAAGGAGAUAUGGAUUUGUUGGAAGAAACGGUGCCGGAAAGAGUACAUUACUCAAAAUGAUAUCAAGCGGAGAGCUGCGCAUUCCAUCCCACAUCAGCAUUCUCCAUGUGGAGCAAGAGGUCAUCGGUGACGACACGAUAGCCACGGACAGCGUACUACAGAGUGACGAGACGAGAGAGCGAUUGGUGGCUGAGGAGAGGCAACUUGUCGAAAGACUCAAUGCCACAAGUCCUGGGGGAUCAGAUCCGGCUACAAGUAGUAGACUAGCUGAGGUUUAUGUCCAUCUAGAGGAGAUUGAAGCUGACAAGGCACCUGCACGGGCAGCCAUGAUCCUUGCAGGUUUGGGAUUCUCACCCACCAUGCAAAGAAUGAAAACAAGGGAGUUUUCUGGCGGUUGGCGGAUGCGUCUUGCCCUAGCGAGGGCGCUAUUUUCCAAGCCUGAUCUACUGCUACUUGACGAGCCUACCAACAUGUUAGACAUCAAAGCCAUACUGUGGCUUGAGAGUUACUUACAGGGCUGGCCCACAACUCUUCUGGUAGUCUCCCACGACAAGAACUUCCUCAACGUGGUCUCAACGGACAUACUGUUCCUGCAUUCAAAGACUUUGGAUUCCUACCGUGGGGACUACGAAGUUUUCUUCAAGACAAAAACAGAGAAGCUGACCAACCAACAGAAAGAGUUUGAGGCACAACAGCAACUUAGAGCUCAUGUACAAGUAUUUAUUGAUAGAUUCCGCUACAAUGCCAACAGAGCUGCCUUAGUUCAAAGCAAGAUCAAGUUUCUUGAAAAGCUUCCAGUUCUCAAACCAGUGGAAAAAGAAUCAGAUGUCAUUCUGAGAUUUCCUGCAGAAUUUGAAAAGCUGUCCCCUCCCAUUUUACAACUGGAUGAGGUGGCGUUCUACUACUCCAAAGACAAGCCCAUCUUUAAAAAGAUUGACAUCUCUGCAAAUAUGGAAUCCAGAACAUGUAUGGUUGGAGAGAACGGUUCGGGAAAGACAACGUUACUCAAGAUCCUGAUUGGACAGUUGGAGCCCAUCUCUGGUGUAAUGCACCGGCACAGAAACCUGCGAAUCGGCUACUUCAGCCAGCAUCACGUGGACCAACUCGACAUGGAGCAGACCUCGGUCGAGGUCAUGGCCUCCCGUUUCCCUGGUCACACAGUUGAAAGAUACAGGCAUCAACUCGGCAGUUUCGGUGUGACAGGUGAACUUGCCACGCGAACGGUUUCCAGUCUCUCUGGAGGGCAGAAGAGUCGUGUGGCAUUUGCUCUCAUGUGCAUGGGGAAUCCCAAUUUCCUUGUUCUUGAUGAGCCUACCAACCAUCUGGAUAUAGAAACGGUGGAGGCAUUGGGCAAAGCAAUCAACACGUUCAAGGGAGGGGUCAUGCUCGUUUCCCACGAUGAGAGCCUUAUACGCUUGACCUGCAAGGAAUUGUGGGUGUGCGCCGAUGGCGACGUGAAGUCAAUGGAGGGCGGGCUGGACGAAUACAAGAGAAUCGUGGAGGCGGAGUUUGCCGCCCAGAAAUAAGGCCAAUGUCAUUCUUAGAAUCAGAAGGUCCCCUUGCAAUAUGCCAUGUGGUUUUCUCUUGUAUGAGAUAUAAGCAGAGAGCCAAUAAGAAGCAUUACUACACCUCAUAAAUAUU